CAUUCUUUGAAUUGUCUUUAUGUAGUCAUAUGUUUGGCUUCUUCUUUAUAAUCAUUUCUCAAAGCUUUCAUCUCUAUUGUCUUUUGAAGUGGAUAAGACAUUGUUUGUGUGUUUCAUAUGAACCUUGUUGACUAAUAGGAACCUUCCUAUACCAUGGUGACACUUUCUGGGACAUUAUUUAUAUCUUAGGACUAUCAUUGAAACUUAAUAAAUAAGUCUUUAAUUUUCUGCGGUUUUGUUUGGUGGGUGAGUACAAUGCCUUUGUGGGAUUAUGGAUCUCUUUCUCGCUUUAAGAAUUUUAGAGGCUUCUUUCAGUACAAGAUGAGAGAGGUCCAAAUGAGGGAGUUCCAGCUUGGUUACAGUGUACAUACUGUGAGGUCCCAUGGAGCUUCACUUGCAAAGACACACAUGCAUGAUUGGCUUAUACUUCUGCUUCUUGUGGUGAUAGAGUUCAUCCUCUAUCUCACGCCUCCAUUUUAUCGAUAUGUUGGGAAAGAUAUGAUGACAAAUCUUAAAUACCCUUUGUUAGAUAAUACAGUGCCUGUUUGGACUGUCCCAAUAUAUGCUGUUCUCUUGCCUGUGGUGAUAUUCCUCUUUGUCUACUUUCGUAGGAGAGACAUCUAUGAUCUUCAUCAUGCCAUACUAGGCCUCUUAUUCUCCAUUCUAGUGACAGCUGUCAUUACUGAUGCAAUAAAAAAUGCAGUUGGUCGGCCUCGACCUGAUUUCUUUUGGCGUUGCUUUCCUGAUGGAAAGGAUGUUUAUGAUCAGUUGGGAAAUGUGAUAUGCAAUGGUGAGGAAAGUGUCAUAAAGGAAGGGCAUAAGAGUUUUCCCAGUGGGCACACUUCAUGGUCCUUUGCUGGUCUGGGUUUCCUAUCACUCUACUUGUCUGGAAAACUACAAGCGUUUGACCGUGAGGGCCAUGUUGCAAAACUAUGUAUCAUCUUCUUACCACUACUAGCUGCAAGUCUUGUUGCCAUUUCCCGAGUGGAUGACUACUGGCAUCAUUGGCAGGAUGUCUUUGCAGGAGGUCUCUUAGGACUAGUAGUGGCAACAUUUUGCUAUUUGCAGUUCUUUCCUCCACCAUAUCACCCUCAAGGUUGGGGACCUUAUGCUUACUUUCGGGAACUCGAGGAGUCAGGUGCAUAUUCACAAGCAGCUGCUACUGUAAAUCCACUCAAUGCAGAGCCAAUGGAUUCACAUGUUGAGAGCAAAGAAGAUGAUAAUGAUGGAUUUUUGGGGCUGCAUCUGGCACGUGACUCGACUAUGCCUCUUGAAGAUGUCGAAUCUGGGAGGAGGUAAUUACUGAUAGAUGCAAAAUUAUCAGCCAAAGUUUCUCCUUUACAAGAAAAACAUCAUGUCCUUGUGCAUCGUUCAUGUGGUGUUCUGUUAGCUUGCUGCUUCUUGGCUUGUAGCAGGAUUGGCCCUUCUGCUUUGUUUUGCCCUAACGAAACACAUUCAUUCAUUAAACAUAAACAUAUCACAUACUAAAUGUAAAUUGGUCAAAAUUACAAGUGAUGAAUACCUUUUAACUCCCUCUGGAUUAUUCUUGAAUCAACAGUUUGCAGUGGCAACAAUUCAUUUUA